AUGAUGAUGAUGCGCUACGUGCUUCUUGCGUGUGCCCUCUUCGUGUACGUGGGCUGCGGCUGUUGGGCGGCCGACGACGUGAGACAGCUGAAAGUUCAGCAUCCUGUUAGAAACGGUGUGAUGGCUGAAAGAGGUGUGAGUGGGGUUCUCGAUCCUGAAUUUGUUGUUGAGCCAGUGGUGGGUAAGCAUAUGACCAGUCAGGGUGAUGGGCAGCUGCAAUCCACUUCGGGGGAGCUGAUUGAAAUUGUUACUGAUGCGCAACCGUCGGAAAGGAUGAGCAACGUUCUUGUAGAACAGAAUAAUAGUGAUGAGAGUGAAGAGGAGGAGGAAGAGGAAGAGGAUGAGGAAGAUGAAAAGGAACUCAGUGAUGGCGACGGUACCGGGGACCAUGAGGAAGGGGACGAGGAAGGGGAGGAGNAUGAAGAUGAGGCUGUCAAUGAGGAUAGUACUAUUGCGGAGGCCGAAGGAGAAAGUAGUGAGGCGGAGGGGAGAGACACGAAGGCAAAGGCACACAAGAAGGAUAAAGGCACAAUGGGGAAAAAACUGGAACUCAAGCCGGAGGAAGAUCGAGGCAGACAUGAUACCGAAACCGGCGAGCAAGUGGAGAGUAGACAAGUGACUUCUGGAGAACCGAGCACAACGCCAAGCGCUGGUGGUAUCCCUGGAAUCGUUCCAUUACUCCCUUCAGACAAGAAGCCUCAGACUGAAGAGAUGCCGGCCACUGACGUCACGGAAAGACACCAGGGUGGAAAUCACAAGGAGAGUAGUGUUGUGAGUACGACCCGGCAUGGACCUGACAAAGAAGGGGACCUCAACCACAACACUAAGGAAAACAGGAUACCAGUGGCCGAAAUUCCUCCUGCUAGCGGCGUUGACACUAAAAGUGCGGCGGGAGCCGGGAGGAAAGUUGACAGUGAGACAACCGGGAGGGGUACGGACAGUGCGGAAGUGCCUUUGACCAACAGCGGCCUUGUACAGAGUGGCAUCGCACCAAAUACAAAAGAAGAGGAACACGGCCAGGCAGUCACGGCCAAUGGCCCGCAUAUAUCUGAUGGCCGACACGACACUCACGGUGCGGCUGUUGGCGCAGAUUCCUCUGCAGGUGGUGCAUCCACUGCAACAGAAUCUAACGGUAACAUGGAUGAUAUCGCAAUGACUGCCGGGAAAGCCGGACCUGAAUCACCGGCAGCGCAGACACCUACUGAAGCUUCUUCCACGAGUGCUGGUGUCAGUGAGGCCCCAAGCAGCAACCCUGCCACCACUGUUACUACACUCGAGACCGUGAAGGACACGAAGAAUGCGGACAGCAGCGUCAGUCCUGUGUGGGUGCAUGCACCGCUGCUUCUGCUGGCGUUGUUUGCAGUGACGGCUGUGUGA